AUGUACAGUAAGAUUAUACCUGUGUUAGCACAUGUACUACUGGUGUUAUGUUUGGCGGACAUUCACCGGUGCGCUACCGUUGGCCAACGGGUAGAGAUCAAUGUUCAUCAAGGGGUUGGCGGCCGUAUUGUGGGCGGAGUGCCGGCCACGCAGGCGCAGGGCAAACACCAGUGCUCGUUACACAUUACGGGCUGGUUUGGUGUAACCCAUGUAUGCGGGUGUUCACUGUAUGGCACCCGGUUUGCCAUCACUGCCGCGCACUGUACCGAACAAUUCACCAAGGACACAAUGAUUGUCAAAUACGGGGGUUUGAAUGUGAAAAAUUUGGACAACGAGAUAACAGUGGUGGAGGUUAGGCAACACGAGGCGUACAAUACACCCAUACUGUACAACAACGACUACAGUGUACUUGUAUUGGGUGCCGACAUCAAGACCAGCGCCGGUCGGGUGGAGACCAUUGAGUUGGUGGACAGCGAACCGGCCGAUGGGGUCGACGCCGAGCUGACCGGUUGGGGUGAUGUCGUGGGCGGCACCGACUCCGGGCCCGACGCCCUCCAGUACCAGGUGUUUCAGAUCGUGUCGUCGGCCGAAUGCAAGCGUAUAUACGCUCCCUAUGGCGUCGAAGUGACCGAGAUGAAUAUUUGUACCAAGCACAAAUCGUCCACCGGUUGCAAUGGUGAUUCUGGGGGCCCAUUAAUUGUUGGUGGUAAAUUGGCCGGUAUUGUAUCAUGGGGAGUUGACGGCUGCCCGUCGGACACUACCCAAUAUCCCGCCGCUUACGCCAAUGUCUAUACCGGCAAACAAUGGCUGUUAUCUAAAUUGCAAUAAACAAUCAUUUA